GGUCACUGAAAUUAAAACUCCGCUGACUCACAUUGUUCUAACCUUCUGAAUGAUCUUCAACAAGCCCUCUGAGUAAGUGUCUGAUCAUAUUAUUAACAUUACGCCUUUAUUUUAUGUUUAAUAAUGUAAAGUAUUGUACAAAAAGAGCUGUGUUUGCUGCAGUUAAAGAAACAAGUUAAGAGCAGGAACGAAAGUGUAAGCUUGAAUUGUAAUAUUAACUACUGUCAUUGAAUAAUUGCUCUGGUAAAACAAUAAUAUGUAGCUAAUAAUCUUAUUUGUCUGAUGUUCAAUCGUGUGAGCUCGUGUAGAUAUUAAAACAAUCUCGAGAUUUUAAAAUCACACAAAUUUAAAGCGAAUUUUUGUGUUCUGGAGGUUUUAUUUGUUUUUAUUUAGAAGGAAAACUAUGUAAAAUGAAAAAAUAGCCAACUAAAUUAUACAUUUAAAUAAACUUUGUAAUAUAAAUAAAUUACGCUUAUGAAAGAUGUUUUUUUAAAUAUAUAUACAUACAUACAUACAUACAUACAUACAUACAUACAUACAUACAUACAUACAUACAUAUAUGAGAUUCACAGGUCUAAGACUAUUUUAAGGCACUAUUUUAAUUUUGUUAAAGGAGUAUUCUUUUGUUGUACUUUAAAAUCCUAGUUUUGUGUUAAAAUAUAACUUUUAGUAAAUUAUUGAAUGUGUUUUAAAUAUAACGACAGUUUAUAUGGCGCGUGUCAUGGUUGGUUUAAUAAUACACUCCAUAUAUGGUAAUAUGUACCGUAUAAUGGAUCAAAACUAAAGGAAAGUAUGACCACGGCGUUGUUUCCGGAAUCUACCGGGGCUUAGGGACUCAGGAGAAAGAUAUUGAUGUCAUGAGAGGAAUUUCUGAUCUGAUAAUCACUUUUUCAUUUCUCCGCUUCGUUUUCGUUUCUGUCUCAACCGGAAGCAGCCAGAGGCGGUGGAGUCCGUGACGUCUGUUUUCUGGACACAACGGGGACUUUCCAUACCUACUGACGGUGAGUGUCUUCAUGUAACCUCGGGUAAAGACAGGAUACCCGGCUUUUCGAUGUGUUGCCUCGCAUGUGGACACUUAAAUAAAUACAGGUGUCCACUGAUUUGUCUCCGAGGUGACUGCGAGGAGGAGAGAGGGAAAGCGUUAGCAUUAGCCAGCGCUAGCAUGCUAGUGUUUACAGUCACACUGGUCUCCCUGCUGGAGAGCAUAUGUCGAGAAAUACAACACCCUUUAUGAUAUAACUAUCAAAUUACAGCUGAAAACCUUUAAAAGAGAAUAAAACUCCUCUUAACAUGAAAUGACACAGCUGCGUAAGCUGGAGCUACAUGUAGUUCUGAGAGCAAGAGCUAAUCCGGAAGUGCCUGGAGAACAACUGUACGUUUGAAGGAAAAUCAGCGUUAUUAUUUUUUAAUGUUUUAAAUUGACAUGGUAUAUUACUAAAGGGAAAUUCCACAGGCUUUUAACAAAAAAUUAAUUUCCCCUUUGUCAGCUGUAGCAGUCCUCAGACCGGUAAAUUACAUUCAUAUCGAGUAAAAGUGUGAUCUGAAUCAGUUUUCUGGUCUGUUUCUGUUUCUGUACAUUUUAACUCAAAGUCUGAGACACAAACAUGCGCAAACACAUGGUUUCAACACUUAACCCUUUAAUGCCUUUUGUAUCAUGUUUGAUACACAAUUUCAUAUAACGCUAUCAAAUCAAUAUGAUCAACAAAUUACUAAAAAAAACACCUAAAAACAGUCUGAUAAAUGAUAAAAUGUCCUCCUGUCGUUUAUCAGUUUCCAAAAACAUCUAAUGUAUCAAACGAGAUGAAUAAAUAUAUUUUUAAAUUUUAAGAGCAUUUUGAUUGUUUUGAUUUUCAGUAGUAAGUGAAUUAACAUUUCAGCUCCACAAAAAUUUACAUUUUCUGACCAUAAUUUGUGGUGUCAGGCAUUAAAGCGCUACUUGACUGAGACAAAGUGCAUAAUGUUGCUUUUGGACUUGCGGUCUUAAGGUUCAGUUAGAUGAUGAGAGUCGACAUUAUACUGUGAUUAUUUGCCACAGGGGCUGGGCGAUAAAACCAUAAUGAUAUAUAUUGAAAAUUUAUUUCCCUCGAUAUCAAUACGAAACAUGGGCUGUGUCCGAAAUGAGUCACUCAAUCCCUUCCCCUCAUAUGGGGUUUCACUAUAUAGCUGACUAUGUAGUGAGCUCAACCCGCUAACCCCCAUAUAGUCGCCUUUAUAGGGGUCAAGAUUGACAAGUGAAUUUUUUGUAUAAAUAUCGAUAUCGACUAAUAUGAAAAAGUAUAUUGUGAUAAACUUUUUCCCAUAGCGCCCAGCCCUACCCCUAAAUAUUGUACAUCACAAUAAUCGUAGUUCCCAGCUUUUUAAAUGAACAGUUAUUGAGACUCAUAUACAACAGAAACAGAUUGUAUUUUUCACGCUUUUUAACAACCUAUACUUGAGAGAAGUUGAAUCCACAAUAAUGAGUUUUUUUUCUCUCUUUCUGUCCACAGAUUCUGCUGCAGUUAAACUGAAGAAGAGUCUUACCUGAAGAGAUUGACAAAAACAUUUUAUUAGGUUUUUAGGGAUUAAAUUAUGGAGGCUUAAACACCUACAGAAGGGAUGUCCACAACGGGGGGAGGGGUUUGAGAAUGCAGACCCUGGUCUGUGUCUGUGCUUGUGUGUGGCUUGAGACAUUUGUUUAAUCCAUUAUGUUUGCACACAUUGUCAUGAACCUUAUGUUUGAGUUUGAAUCAUUAGAUGUUUUAGACAUGUCUUUGCUUAAGAUACAACAUCAUCAGUUGUGUGCAGACCCUGGGUGAUCUGAGAUAUGGCUACAUUAUUUAGCAGAUAUUUAAGGGUGCUGUCCAUUAACCACUACAUUGUUUAUCAUUUUUUUACUGCACAUGAGGUGUUGUAUUGAUAAUGUAUGCACUGGAAGGACACGAUGAAUCUCUAGUCUGCGGCUGUACUUUGUGAGGAAAGAUUGGCCACCUUUCAUAGAGAGUGGGUGAGGUUUAUGGAGGUGGAUCAUAAAUUAGUACACACCUGCAGUUUGCUUCUAAUAUGGUGUGAUCAUGCUGGUUGAUAAGUUUGAAGUUUUGUUUAUUUUCGGAACUCUUUGACUUUUGCUUCUAUAAAUCCAUUUAUAGAAAAGUGGAUUACAAAUCAAUACACACCUUUAGUUCCCCCCCAUCGUGGUGUGAUCAUGGUGGUUAAUUGACAGGCAGUUUUGUUUCAUCUGAACUCUAAGUUUUUCUUUGAACUGAGCCUCAUUUUUUGUCAGAUCUCUUACUUUCCCCGCCUCCUCUGUCCCCUCAUUGAUUUGCUUCUCUUUGUCUUAGUAUGAGUGAGUGUGUCUGUGAAAAGGCCAGACCUCAGGUUGUCUCAAACCCCUCUCCCUUUGAAGGACAUCUCUUUUUCCUUUAAACUACUCUUCUUAAAUACAAAAUGGAAACUCUUGUGCAGCUGAAAAAUAACCAGUUUUUAAUGGGGCUGUGUCGCAAUGGGCCCCCGCCUGACCUGCAAUAUGACAACUCCUCAGGUACCAAUUGAAUUGUUAUUUCUCUCUUAUUUUUAAAAUGACAUGCAUCCAUUUUCACAUUGAACUCUGUGAUGUUGUAAUUCCAAGGAAAUGUGUUGAUUUUUUAUUUUUAUUUUUAUUUUUUUUUUGUCUCUAGAGCUCUUUCGCAUCUCGACCUUCGCUCGAUUUCCGGCCUCAGGGGUCACAGAGCGAAGUCUGGCCAGGGCAGGAUGGUUCUACACAGGUGUCGGUGACCGUGUUCAGUGUUUCAGGUGUAACGUGACAGCAGAGGGCUGGCAGGCCGGAGACUGUCCAACAGAGAAACACAGACAGUUGUCUCCAUCCUGCUCGUUCAUUCAGAGCCUCCCAUCUACAGCCAACCUGCUUUCUUCCUCCCACUCCGCCUUCUCUCCACUUCGCAUUGCCCCCGCCAUACCGGUAAGAUCAAAGAGGUCUCUUCAACUCAUAAAACUCUGUUGCCCCUAUAUCUUGGCAAGCUCAACAAGAAGCUCCAAAAUUCUAAUUUUUUGGUAAACUUUGAACACUUAACUUUCUUUUCCUUAAGAUUUCUGCUCCUGGCCCAGCUGCCCCUAACCCUGCAGCAGGACAAGGUGAGGAGCCUGUGGGCUACCUCAAUAUGGGCUUCUCUGCUCCACCACCUUCUAGCCCACUCAGCUCUCGCGGUGUAGAGGACAUGUCCCACCAGAGGCCAACGUGCCACAACCCUAGCAUGCGUAGAGAGCAGGACCGCCUGGACUCUUUCCACCCCUGGACACUUUCCAUCAUAACACCAGCUGAGCUAGCAAAGGCUGGCUUCUACUACCUGGGCCAGGGUGACAGAGUGGCCUGCUUCAGCUGCGGAGGGCAGGUGUGUGCCGUCACAGAGGACAUAUAAACAGCUUGAUAAUAGAGUAGUGUGUACUUGUGACUGGGAUUUUUAAAAGUAGUGACUGAUUUCUUUUGUUAUAUAGACUGAGAAGUGCAUGUGACUGUGUUUUUCGUCUUUGUCUGCAUUCACAGUUGAGUAACUGGGAGCCAGGAGACAGAGCCGUGUCUGAACACCAGAGGCAUUAUCCAAACUGUAGGUUUGUGCGCGGGGACAAAGCCGACAACGUGUCGCUGGCUGGAGUCGCAGGAGCCGCAUCAGGUGCAGGGACUUCUCAGCUGUCCGCAGGAGUUCCUACACUCAGCAACGUCUCCAACCCUGCCAUGCAGCAGAGUGAAGAGCGUCUCCUUACUUUUGUCAACUGGCCGUCUCGUAUCCCUGUGCGGCCUGACCAGCUGUCUAAAGCUGGCUUCUACUAUGUCGGUACGGACAAAAUUAAUAUGACAAUCAGGUAUUCUCGGAUUAAGUCAGAGAAGUGGACAGAAAUUAUCAGGUGGUCAUGAACAAAAAAUCAAUCAAUCAGUGUUAAUGAUUAUCAAAGUCUGUUUUAUCAAAAGUCAAAGCCAACACCCUAAAACAUUGAGUUUAGCGUUUUCUCUUCAUAACAGAUACUUCUUAAGGGAAGACUGUUUUUUUAAAGACAAUUAAUCCUCUAAAUUUUGGUGAUUUUUUUUACUGUCAUUUCAUCCUUACAAAACAUUUACUCCUAACACAUGGAUGAGAAGUUGGCAUUAAGUUCUGUUUUCCCUUGCUGGCGACGUUGAAGAGUUAUUCCCCCUGUAGUUUGGGGUUUCCAGCUGCAGGCUGGUAUUAUCAGAAUAAGUCUUUCUGUUUUUAUUUAACUUGGAAAGUUCUGACCCAAAUCGUAGGGUGUUCUGUCUUAAAGAUGACGUCUCAUUAUCACAUGUCAGAGCUAGACAAAGCAUUGAAGCGUGAUCUACCUUCUGCUUGAGGUUUUGAACAAAAGAGGAAAUGAGAUUUGAAAAACUACAUAGUGUCUCAAACACUUCAUUGGUUAAAUCAGCCGCAUUCAUUUCCUCCACUCAAACCCAUUGUUAAAAAGAAACUUCUUUGUUUGGCUAUAAGGUCGUAACGAUGAUGUCAAGUGUUUCUGCUGUGAUGGAGGCCUGCGCUGCUGGGAGUCCGGUGAUGAUCCUUGGGUUGAACAUGCUAAAUGGUUUCCACGGUAAAUGCAUUUUUUCUAAACCUUUGCCCAUGCUUACAGAAUUAGUUAGUCAAGUGCUUUGUACCUGAGUGCAACACUGCAAAAAUGAUUUUUCCAACUAACAUGUAAAAGAUGUUAAUAUUUUAUUUAUUUGUACCUAUGGUGAACUGUAGAUGUGAGUAUUUACUCCAGGAAAAGGGACAAGAGUUUGUUCACCAGAUCCAGGCUCGCUUCCCUCGCCUAUUUGAGCAGGUAACUGCGGUAAAAGUCUUACACUCUUUCUGUUCACACAUUUGUCUCUAAAUAAAUCACCUAAGAUUCUCGUUUUAUCCCCAAAAGCUUUUAACAAAUGGAGACAGCAGCUCCAGAGAAUUUGUGGAUCCGCCUGGUGAGUUUUAAAUAUGUAAAAAUCAGAAUAUUGGCCUUCAAAAACGUAAAGACUAUUUAUUCUAUACGUGUCAUUAAAAAAAAUAGAUAAAAUUGUCAUCUCCCUAUCUUCCUUUCAGUGGUCCACCUCGCUCCAGGAGAGGAGCGGUCUGAGGAUGCCGUAAUGAUGAACACCCCUGUUAUUAAAUCGGCGUUAGAGAUGGGCUUUGAGCGGAGCCUAGUCAAGCAAACUGUCCAGAGCAAGAUCCUGACCAGUGGAGAGAACUACAGAACGGUUCAGGAGCUGGUAUCAGAUCUGUUAAGCGCAGAAGACCAAAAGAGAGAAGAGGAGCGGGAGAUGCUGGCAGAGGCCAUGGCAUCAGGUACAUGAGACCAUAAAAAGAUAGAAACACGCACCAUAUUGAACAUAAAUUGUAGGAGGUUUGAGUUUUUACUCUGUGCUUUCUUGUUAUAGAUGGCUUCACAUUUGUGAAGAGACACCAAGCAGCGUUGAUCCAGCGUCUGAAGAGCGUUGAGCCAGUGUUGGAGCAUCUACGAGAGCAAAAUGUGUUAUGUAAGUUACAGGAUUGAGCUACUUCUUGUCUGACUGUGGAAGAGAAACUCUAAAAGUGGUUGCUGGCUGAAACACUGGUCAUAAGAGAAAUAUGACUCCAUUGUUUAUGGUAUAUACAUGCUGAUUUCAACAAGCUGCUGAUGUAAUGUUUGGUUCAUCAGUGUAGUUUAUUUUCGUUCACAAUGUGUAAGAAUGUUAUCUCAAAAAAAUAUUCUGCAGUUAAUUUUUGGAUCUGCAGAAUCUUGAGUCAAGACAUCUUGAGUAACUCUUAGUUUACAUGCAGCUCCAGAGGAAUACAGCGGCCUGAAAGCUCAGACGUCAGCCCAGCAGCAGACCGCCAGACUGAUAGAGCUUGUCCUCACCAAGGGGAACGCUGCAGCUGAGGUCUUCCGCAACUGGAUCCAGAAAAAUGAUGUCCACCUCCUCAGAGAUCUCAUGGGUAUUUCUUUUAAUUAAUUCAUUGAGAUCAAACUGUAAAUGAGUGGUUUCAGGCUUUGUUACUUUUAUGAUGAUAUGCAUUCUUUAGUGUAGUUUAUAUUUAAUCAAAGAAUGAGCUCACUGAAUGUUAAUCUCGAUUUCAGCCCAAUCAAACGAAGCUGCAUCACCAAGUCAAGAUCUUUCAGGUAUGUACACGCGUGUGCUUCACUGGCAUUAAAACACCCGUGCCUGUUUGACUUCAGGGACUAUAAAACUGUUUUGUCCUCACAGAUCUUCCCAUGGAGGAGCAGCUGCGGCGCCUGCAGGAGGAGCGUACCUGCAAGGUAUGUAUGGACAAAGAAGUCAACAUCGUCUUCAUCCCAUGUGGACACCUGGUGGUGUGUAAAGAAUGUGCGCCAUCACUGAGAAAGUGCCCCAUCUGCAGAGGCCUGGUUAAAGGCACAGUCAGGACCUUCCUCUCCUGAAGACAAGACGCUGAGAGCCGCACUCACAUCAGUCUAGUGUUUCACAAUGAAUGUACGCAAUGUGAAAAACUACCCACUGGUCACAGAAAGGUUGUUGUGCUUUUGUUUUUGUUUCUUAACAGACACAAAAUUCACAUGAUAGUUCAAGGUAAAUUAAUCAAGCUCAUAGACAUAGUCCUCUCUUAUAGAGAUAAUGUAUCACAAAGAAUGUCAUUACAAUGGUGAACAGCUUCUAGUUUGACACUUAAUUUCAUAAUCUAGCUUUUACUGUCAGAGCUACAUUAUUCAGUAUCUAAGUAUAAAUGGGUUAUCUUGUGAUCAGUAACUCAUAUGGUACAUAGAAAUCACACAUAAUGGAAAGUAUUCAACAUGAGUACAUUGGUGACAUUGCACUAACUCUGCAUACAUACUUGGAUUCUGUUUCUGGUACAGGAUAUGAUGUAAGAAUGAUUCAUUAAAGUCUGUUUGAAAAACUGGAAUUAAGUGUUUUGGGU